AUGGUCUCGACGACGACGACGACGACGACGACGACGACAAUUACUACUACUACUACUACUACUACAGCACCGCAUCAACUCUACAGGACGCAAAGCCAGGAACACUCUGUGGUGGCUUCGUCACCUUCGCCUCCAGACCGGGCUGAAUCCUCCACUGGUUCAUCGCACCUUCCACUGCGCAUGGCGGGACAAGAUCCAGGGCGUCUCUUUCGCCAACAGUCACCACGAAAUCUAAGUGACAGCUUCGAUGCGGCAACUCCCUACAAGUCUCCUCGUCUGCAACGGGAGCAGAGCCCUACAAGGAAUUACGACUCGCUACCAGUAGCGUCGCCGCAAAUGCAGAGGACCAAAAGCCAGGAGCACUUGGUGGCUGCUUCGCCGCCUUCGUCUGCAGACCCGCCUUGCUCGUCUGUGGAUUGGUCGCUGUCUCCACGGCGCAGGGCGGGACAAGAUCCAGGACGCGUCUGCCUCCAGGAGUCUCCAAAUCGAAGGACCAAAAGCCAGAAGCACCUGCUGGCUGCUUCGCCGCCUUCGUCUGCAGACCAGCCUCGCUCAUCUGUGGAUUGGUCGCUGUCAACACAGGGCAGGGCGGGACAAGAUCCAGGGAGCGCCUACCGCUUGCUAUAUCCACAUCCAGAUGCGACCACUGAUUCAGAAGCUUGUCCAUUGUUGGAGUCCUCUGAUAUGAAACAAGAAUCGAAGUGCAAAGAUGAAGCAGAAACAAAUAAAGGUGAAGGAACAGCACCGGCUGCUCGUGACACCAGGGUUAUAAGUAUCAGUUCUGAUGACAACGAAUCUCUGGAUGGAAGAGUGGGAUCUCAUGUGAUGGGUGUGGUGACUUCUGCUGACUCGGAGAACUCUGGUGCAACGGUGGUAACCACUGAGCCUCCCAAGUCGUCGCCAGCCCAGACGAUGGAGCCGGUGAAGCCCUCUGCAGAGCUACUGUCGGGCACUCAGUGGACUACUUUAUCAGUGCCAACAGGUGGAGUUCAAUCGGCAGCACCACAGGUGCUAGACAAAGUGCCGAUUGCUGGAGCUACGUGGCAGGUACCUCAAUCAUCUGCCGUAAUAGGUGCAAACAAAUUCGUCACACAACCUGCUGAGAUGCAGCCACUUGAUCUCUCGCGGAGUGACACCAGACAGCAGCCACCAUUACAGCCACCUGGUGUUCCGCCGCGGCUCCAGCUGCCUCCACCUCCUGCUUCAUCAUAUUAUGCCAUCCGAAGGCAUAUCCCACAGUCGGGGAUUACUUCUUUACCUACUCCGAAAUUUGUGACACCCAGACCACCACCACUUUUCCCAGAAAGUCCACUCCUAUAUCCACGAACUGUCGCAGCACCUCGCACUCCAAAGCGUAUGCAUCGACCUACCCGUCCUUCGACAGGGUCUGCGGUCGCACUACAGAUUUCUGCAGCUAACGUCGAUCGAACACCACCAUAUGGAAUGGUAACACAACCUCACGAUGUGCGUCAAAGUGUAAUAGUAAUGGUGCCGAGAACAGCUGCUGCCACCAUGAAGUGUAACAACCAGACUGAAGUGCCACCAACAUCUAUUCCCACUGUUUCAGUAGAUACUCUGUCUGCGUCAUCAGCACCAGAUCCUACCGUUGCUGACCGCAACACUGACCCAGGAGCUCAGCAGUAG